AUGGCUUGCUGUGUUCCCUGCUGCUGCAGCGUCCCCACCGGCCCCGCCACCACCAUCUGCUCCUCUGACAAAUGCUGCCGGUGCGGAGUCUGCCUGCCCAGCACCUGCCCUCACACCACUUGGUUACUGGAGCCAACCUGCUGUGACAACUGCCCCCCACCCUGCCACAUUCCUCAGCCCUGUGUGCCCACCUGCUUCCUGCUCAACUCCUGCCACCCCACCCCAGGCCUGGAGACCAUCAACCUCACGACCUUCACUCAGCCCUCCUGUGAGCCCUGCAUCUCAAGCUGCUGCUGAAUGAUGGCUGCUUUGCUCUGUGCCUGACUUUGAAAGAAUCAACCCAGAAGCUUUAGUGUUCACCUGUCUCUGUACCUGCAACUAA